AAAGUUAUUAAGUCUUUAAUAUUGAAAAGGCUUUUGGAUGUAUUCUAUAUUUUUUUUGUUAGUACUGUGUAGUCAAUGUGGCAUCUCAAGCAUCACAAGUAUUUCGUGUUUUACUAGUGUGGACUUGCAGCCUGGAAGGCUGACUGGAUCCUGGGUUGCAUCAGAAGAGGAGGGGGCCAGAGUCCCAUUCUGUCCCAUUCUGCUGCCCUCAUGAAGCCCCAGCUGGAGUACUGCAUCCAGGCCUAGGGACCUGCACAAGAAAGACAUGGAGCUGUUGGAGUGGGCUCAGAGGAGGGGCCAUGAAGAUGAUCAAAGGGCUAAAGCACCUCUCCUGUUAUGAGAGGCUGAGGGACUUGGGCUUGUUGAAUCUGGAGAAGAGAGGGCUCUGGGGAGACAUCAUUGUGGCAUUCCAGUACUUACAGGGAGCUUAUAAAUGGGAGAGAGACCAAUAAUUUAUGGGGUCUGAUAGUGAUAGGAGAAAGGGGAAAUGGUUUUAAAUGGGAAGAGACCAGACCUAUGUUCAGCCUUAAAGGGAAUCCUUUUUAUUCAGAGACUGGUGAGGCACUGGCAGAGGUUGCCCAGAGAAGCUGUAGAUGCUCCAUCCCUGGAGGUGCUCAAGCCAGGCUGGAUGGGACCCUAGGCAGACUGCUCUGAUGAGUGGCAGUCCUGCUCAUUGGCUGGGGGGUGGAAGAUGGUCUUGAAGGUCUCCUGUGACUCAGUGCAUUCUAUGAUAUGCGUGCUCACUGUCUGUAUAUAAUGUAUGCAACAGCUCCUAUGUAUUUGACAGGAAUAUACUGGUUACGCAUUUAUAGUGAGUAAUAUGAAGUUUAUACACAUGUAGGAGUAAACUGAAUAAUCAACAUAUACAGGCAUGCUUCUUGUGUACUUAUUUUGAGAAUCUAGUUUCCUUUGGAAAUAUCAUAUUGGUUAUUGUGAAAGAAAUGCCUCCUUUUUAUUUCCAUGGAAAAUACAGUAGAUGCAAAGAGUGCAAUAACACCAUUUGAUGGAGCAAAUUCUGAACUAUAAAACAUCCUUUUAAAAGCCAGUCACCACCAGUGCCCGUAUGCUUUUACCGAGUGAUGAACAAGGGUCUGUGUGCAGUGCUCAUAAAAACCUGCAUGGCUGUCUGGAAUGUGGCUUGCCCUUCACAUUGUUAUUGUCACUGCUGAAAUGCACCACGCUCUCUGUGCUCACAACCAUUGUCUGCUCUUCGUAAAUGUUCAGCAAGCAUGGAAGAAUGUCAAGGGGUGCUACUUUUCUUGCGUGGAGAAAUUCAGAGACACCCUUUGCUUUGUAUUCACUUCUGUGUCAGUUGCCAUUUUGUCAGAGUGCCCUCUGCUGCCAUACAGCAAUUAAAAGUAACAGAGUAUUGGUGGGAAGGUUCAACCUCUGCUGCCAUACCACCACCAUCCACCUCAGGCAGCAUUGCUUUUGAAGCAGCCCUUCUAGUGUUCUAAAGUAGCAUGGUUCUUUAAUGUAUGGGGUUAUAUACUAAUUACAGCAUCAGUCUGCACAUCUCAGCAGGUCUGUAUUUCUAGUGCAGCAGUUCACAAGAUUGUCUUUAGCUUGUGGUGAAGAAAUAUGACUCUUGGUUCUAGAAGUGCUCAAUGUCCCCUGGCAAUCGUUGCCUCUGUUAUCAGUAGUUCUUGGUGUAGCUACAUCUCUUCCCCAUGGCAUCACUUUGAUGGGUCAAAACUUUGUUUUGUUAGUAUACAAGUAGGUAGGUUGUAGUUUUUGCUGUGUGACAUAUUGGAUGUGGAAUGUUCAGGUGUAACCACACCAACUAAAUAUUGAGGAGGAUAUUAUUAUCCCUGUGCAAUACUACAGGCUUGUGGCAGAGUGGCUGGAAAGCUGUGUGGGAAACAAAAGGAUCCGGGGGCUUUGGUUGAUGCUCAGCUGAACAUGGUCCUGCAGUGUACCCAGGUGGCCAGCAGCAUCCUGGCUUGUAUCAGAAAUAGGGUAGCCAAGAGGAACAGAGAGGUGAUCAUCUCCCUCUACUCAGCUGUGAUGAGCCUGCAACUUGAGUAAUGUGUGCAGUUUUGGGCCCCUCACUAUGAGAAAGACAUUGAGACCCUGGAGCGUGUUCAGAGUAGAGCAAUGAAGUUGGUGAGGGGUCUGGAGCACAGGCCCUUAUGGGGAGCAGCUGAGGAAAUGGGAUUGUUCAGUCUGGAGAAGAGAAGGUUCGGGGCAGAUCCUACUGCUCUACAGCUGCCUGAAAGGAGACUCUGGCAAGGUGGGCAGCAGCCUCUUCUCCUGCAUAACUAGGCAUAGGACUAAAGGGAAUGGCCUCAAGUUGCAGCAGGAGGGUGUUCAGGUUGGACAUUAUGAAAAAUUUAUUCUUAGAAGGACUGGCCAGGUGCUGGAAAAGUUGCUUGGAGUGGUGAAGUCACUGUCCCUAGAGGUUUUCAAGGAAAGGGUAGAUGUAUUACUUAAUGGACAUGGUUUAGAGGGCAAUAUUAGUAGCAGGUGGAUGGUUGGACUAGAUGACCUUAGUGAAUCUGUGGUUAUUGAAUUUAUCUAUUUGUUUUGAUGAGGGUUUCACAGGCUUCACUGGACUGGUUUUGAGCAAGAUAUUCCUGAAUGUAAGGUCACUAAGUCUUGACCUGCUGGAGAAAUGAAAAAUGUCUGAUCUAUGAAGAAACAUAAUCGUAUGUUUGUAGGGAGUGAAGCAAUGGAAAACAGUUUUCCUACUGAUAUCCCAUCCGUUUGUUGUCUUGCACAGCAUUAGAUUCAAGGAGGCAGCUCUCAGGUUACGGAGAGAGAGGGAGGGUUCAGCAGAGCCCCAGGCAUUGCAGGAACAGAGGCCAUCUCUCCAGGACAACUGACAGCUGCAGGAGGACCGAGUUGCUUGUAGCUGUACUUCAGUACCAUAGUAACUCAUCUUUUGUUACAGUUUUGGAUAGUGAUAAAAAUUGUCAUGCUUCUGGGUGAACAGUUUUAUUUAAGGUCCAGAAAUGAAGAGAAAUAACCUGUCAUCCUUUUAUGUCUCUCUCUGGUUGCUGUUCACAGCCACGAUGCUUCAAGCUGUAGAAUCAGCCAAAGGGAAAUAUGCUCAGAUGCUGUUCAAUGAACUGUUUGAAGACUAUUCAAAUGCUCUAAGACCAGUGGAAGACACAGAUAAAGUGCUGAAUGUUACCCUUCAGAUAACAUUGUCCCAAAUUAAAGACAUGGAUGAAAGGAAUCAAAUUUUAACAGCUUACUUAUGGAUUCGACAAAGCUGGUAUGAUGCAUAUCUCAGAUGGGAUAAGGAUAAAUAUGAUGGAUUGGAUUCUAUCAGAAUUCCAAGCAAUUUGGUCUGGAGGCCAGAUAUUGUCCUCUAUAACAAGGCUGAUGAUGACUUUUCAGAACCUGUGAAUACUAAUGUUGUGUUGAGAUAUGAUGGAAAAAUCACUUGGGAUGCUCCUGCUAUCACAAAAAGCUCAUGUGUAGUGGAUGUAUCUUAUUUUCCUUUUGACAGCCAGCAGUGCAACCUUACAUUUGGUUCCUGGACCUAUAAUGGUAAUCAGGUAGACAUCAUCAAUUCUCUUGAUAGUGGUGACCUUUCUGACUUUGUAGAAGACGUGGAAUGGGAGAUUCAUGGUAUGCCAGCGGUUAAGAAUGUAAUCACUUACGGCUGCUGCUCUGAGCCUUAUCCAGACGUAACGUUUACGCUGAUUUUGAAAAGGAAAUCAUCUUUCUACAUAUUUAAUCUUCUUCUUCCUUGCAUUUUGAUCUCUUUCCUCGCUCCACUGGGAUUCUAUCUCCCCGCAGACUCUGGAGAAAAAGUGUCUCUAGGUGUUACAGUUCUUCUUGCUCUGACUGUGUUCCAGCUGAUGGUUGCAGAGAUUAUGCCUCCCUCUGAAAACGUACCUCUGAUAGGCAAGUAUUACAUAGCAACUAUGACCAUGAUCACAGCCUCCACUGCGCUGACAAUCAUUAUAAUGAAUGUACAUCACUGUGGCUCAGAAGCAAAGCCUGUUCCACAGUGGGCCAGAGUGGUAAUCUUGGACUAUAUGUCAAAAAUUUUUUUUGUUUAUGAUGUGGGUGAAAAUUGUACAAGUCCACGAAGAGAGAAAGAACAAGAACACAGGUUAGAGGGCGGUGACAUGUGUCGGGGGGCAGAUGGAAAGAGUCACCUUUCCAAUGGAAAUGAUGAUAGUGAUCUCAAGGAAAAUCUGAAUGGAAAUCUGAAUAAAAGCUUUGGAGUUCAUGGUGAAAAUGAUAGGGAGAAUGUUAAUUGCUGUUCCUGUUACAAAAUGCUGAUUAAAAAUAUUGAGUAUAUUGCUAAUUGUGUUCGAGACCAUAAAGCAAACCGGGCCAAAGGAAUUGAGUGGAAGAAAGUGGCAAAGGUGAUGGACAGGUUUUUCAUGUGGAUUUUUUUUAUCAUGGUGUUUUUUAUGAGCGUGCUUAUCAUUGGGAAAGCAGCUUAGCUGCAGAUGAACGUGUUGUGUAGGUAUGAAUGUACUGAGUCAGCUCCUUUCAGUGGAGCUGUGGGAUAGGUGUGCUUCUGAGGUCUCUGUGACUUCCGUUCUGUAACAGUAAACUAUUUCAGUAGGCUGCAACGCAUGUUGAGACAUUGCUCAACUGAGGGCUUUACUAGUGACUUCAUUGCUAUUAAUAAAGGAGUGCAGCCUAGAUGAGGCUGUUGGAUAAGCAGUCUUUGCUCUGUCUUGAUGAAUGGUGGCCAUGACUGCAGAUUGACCAGGUGGAGCAUUGCAGUGAAGGAGGAGACAGCCUAUCAGGGUACUCUGUAUUCAGAGAGCUGCAUCUCUGCUCCUUGAAACUUAGCUGACCUUUUCUCUCUGCCAGAACAAAGUUGGGGUAUUUGCAAGAUCAUAGCAAUUCCUGGAAUUUAUCUCUAUGUGGCAUUGCCUUAUUAUUAUUAUUGCCCUUAUUUAGCUUAUUUUCCUAGCUUAGCUUUUUUGCUCUUUUUUUAAUUUAAUGGCUUUUUUUCUGGUCACUGCUCAUAUCUGCUCAUAGCCCAACUUGUCUCUCUGCUCUUUGGUGUGCCUUUCGCUUCUGAUGCCAUUUGGUUUACCUUGAUCUUCCUUUUAAUCAUUUUCUGCUGCUAAAUAUUUGUCCUGACAGGUCCAGUAAGCCAGAUUGCCGGGACUGCUUCCACAGCAGGUCACGGGGCCUCUCUUCUAUUCCCUUCUUCCUGAGUCUAAUAGUAGGAAGGGCUUCUUCUCUCCUCCCUGGAUAUUUCGUGCCCUGGACAUUUGUGCAAGAUGGGCUUUUAAAUGUUAGUUAUGAGGCUGCUAAAACAGGCUGUGAGUCUGUUUUGUCUCUGAUCAUUUUACUGACCUUCACCAAUGCUCAUUCCAUCCUCUUAUCCAAUUUUACAUCCUCUUUAAUACUUAAAUUAUAAGCUUCUAGAGGAAUGGCAGGGUUGAUUUGUGCAUUACUUAGCACAAAAGCACAAUCUUACAGCACAAUCAUUAAUGCAGUGCCAUAAUCAACUCCUUGUUCAACACCUUAGUACUCAGGUGUACAUGAAUGUGUUUGUUGCUGACGACACCAAAAGCCCUCUGUGUUAAUUUCUGUUAACCCUCUCAGACUAACGGAGUUCUGGAAGAUGUCUCAUGGUAAAUUGAGAAGCUUAAUACCCUAGGCUUGCCCUCAGCAAAUAAAUUGCUUUUACAAAGCACCCUGAACUUUGAAACCAUGAUAUUCUAGAUGCGGUGGGAGAGGCAGAAGGACUCUGUAAUGGAUCCCAGUCAAAAGUUCAUGUGAUAAAAUGAGUUUUCGUAUUUGUUGCAAUUAAUAGGAGCAUACUUGUGAAGCUGUACCUUAAGAGUGAGGAGUCAAAGUGGCAAAGUGAUGCAGUUGUCAUGCCCAAACUUACUGGAAGAAAGGGAUUGUAAUUAUUAUUAUUAUUAUGUAAACAAUGCAUUGAAUUCUUAAUGCUGGGUUUUCUUUUCUGUGGAAUAAUUAAUGCUGUAAGUUUAUCUGGAAUCUCAUACAUAAUGCAAACUUUAAAGUCCAGGUUCUAAUGUAAAGAUAAACUGGGUGGGUAGCCAAGAAUAAACUCAGUAUGUGGAAAAAAGUCUCAAGUGUGUUCCCUAUCUAUUAUCAGCUCCCAGUCAACUGGGGUAACUUUGAAUAUCUCUUUUAGAAACCAGGCUGUUUAUUUUCACUACACAGAAGAACGGUCACAGCCAUUUGCCACGAAGUUCAAGGUUUGACAUUUAUACUGCCUCUUCAAGGAAACUGAUUUCUUCUUUGUUGUGGAAAAAAGAUAUUGCCCCAAAAGCCUGGGGAGUAAAGUAUUUAAAGAUAAAGGAAGUAUAUUCAGAACAUGAAUCUUCAGCAUGGAAAACAAAUGGCUGAUGGAGUGUUUGUCCAAGACUUAUGGGUGGCAUAAAGAAAGCAAAGAGUUACUGUUCACUGUCUCUUCCAAUUUUGGAACCAGGUGCAUCAGAUAUACAGUGUAUGACAGUGGAGGAGACUGACCAUAAAAUGUGUGAGAAGGCUGAGAAAAUCCUUGCAGUAGAAUUUGUGAAUGCUAAAAGAUCAUAUGGAUGUAAAGAGAUGGGAGGAAAAAAUGGAAUUCAAGUCUGUCAGGGUAAAACUAAAUACAGUUGUGAGGUGCUGGAAGCUAAAUCAACAUUUUUAGGGAUUCUUUACUGCAUGUUAUUUUGUGCUCUUCGUCCUGUUUAUGGCAUCCGUUGGAGACAGCUUCUAGGUUUAGACCAACCUUUA